GUCUCGAAUGACACGUGUAUUCAACAUGGCGGCCGCGAUGGAGACGCGGAUCGUGCUACUGCUUUCAAUACUGCCUUUGGUCAAGCCGUUUUACGUGCCCGGUGUAGCACCCAUUGAUUUCCAUCUUAACGACCCUGUCGAGAUCAAGGCAGUAAAGCUGACCAGUUCUAGGACGCAGCUACCCUACGAAUACUACUCACUACCGUUCUGUCGACCUCCAAGCAUUGUGUAUAAAGCAGAAAACCUGGGUGAGGUCUUGCGAGGCGACCGUAUUGUAAACACAGCGUACCAGAUGCGGAUGAUCCAGGACAAGAAGUGUGAACUGGUGUGUGAAAAACCAGAGCAGCCCACUAAGCUGAGCAUGGCCAACAGCAAGCUGAUCGCUGAGCGCAUCCAGGAAGAAUACUACGUUCAUCUGAUUGCAGAUAAUCUUCCAGUGGCCACCAGGCUGGAGUUUUACCCAAACAGAGAGGCAGGGACAGAUGAGGACCAGAAGAAAGACACACUUAAAGAUAUCCAAUUUGAACAUGGCUACAGACUGGGCUUCACUGACAACAACAAGUACUAUUUACACAACCACCUGUCCUUCAUCCUGUACUACCACAAAGAAAAGGUAGAGGAGGAAAAAGAGCACAAUUACAGAGUUGUGCGCUUCGAGGUGGUGCCACAGAGUGUCAAACUAGAAGAUCUGAAGGCUGAUGGAAACGGUGCGUGUACGUUACCAGAUGCCAGCAAUUCUGCCCCUCAGGAGAUUGACCCAUCUAAAGAGAACAAUGUGCUCUUUUCCUACUCUGUGCAUUGGGAGGAGAGUCAGGUGAAGUGGGCAUCUCGCUGGGACACAUACCUCACCAUGAGCGAUGUGCAGAUCCACUGGUUCUCCAUAGUCAACUCGGUGGUGGUGGUCUUCUUCUUAUCAGGUAUCCUGAGUAUGAUCAUCAUCAGGACCCUGAGGAAAGACAUCGCCAACUACAACAGAGAGGAUGACCUUGAAGACACCAUGGAGGAGUCUGGCUGGAAGAACGUGCAUGGAGAUGUCUUCCGACCACCCCAGUAUCCCAUGAUCCUUAGUUCUCUGCUAGGUUCAGGGAUUCAGCUCUUCUGCAUGGUUCUCAUUGUAAUCUUUGUGGCCAUGCUGGGUAUGCUGUCUCCAUCCAGUCGAGGGGCUCUGAUGACCACUUCCUGCUUUUUAUUUAUGUUCAUGGGUGUAUUUGGAGGCUUCUUUGCUGGUAGACUGUACCGUACUUUGAAAGGCCACAGAUGGAAGAAAGGAGCUUUCUGUACUGCAACUUUGUACCCUGCGGUCGUGUUUGCCAUCUGUUUCGUGCUGAACUGUUUUAUUUGGGGGGAGCACUCGUCUGGAGCUGUGCCGUUCACCACCAUGCUCGCUCUAUUGUGCAUGUGGUUCGGGAUUUCCAUGCCUCUGGUGUAUCUGGGCUACUAUUUCGGCUUCCGCAAACAGCCGUACGAUAAUCCGGUGCGCACCAAUCAGAUCCCUCGGCAGGUUCCAGAGCAGCGUUGGUACAUGAACAAGUUUGUUGGGAUCCUGAUGGCUGGCAUCCUCCCAUUUGGUGCCAUGUUUAUUGAACUUUUCUUCAUCUUCAGUGCUAUUUGGGAAAACCAGUUUUACUAUUUGUUUGGCUUCCUCUUCCUGGUCUUCAUCAUCCUGGUCGUGUCCUGCUCACAGAUCAGUAUUGUCAUGGUUUACUUCCAGCUGUGUGCAGAGGACUACCGAUGGUGGUGGAGGACAUUCUUGGUGUCAGGAGGUUCUGCCUUUUAUGUGCUCAUCUAUGCCAUUUUCUACUUCAUUAAUAAGCUGGACAUUGUGGAGUUCAUUCCCUCGUUGCUGUAUUUCGGCUACACGGCCCUGAUGGUUUUAUCCUUCUGGCUCCUAACUGGGACGAUCGGUUUCUACGCAGCGUACAUGUUCAUACGCAAAAUUUACGCCGCAGUCAAGAUCGACUGAGCCCCAGUCCGUCUUCGUUUUGUUACCUUUUUCAUUUCUUUUACUUUACCUUCUGGUUUGGCGAGCAAGCACUGAUGUAAGUGGGAGAUGUGAGUGUAUGGGGAUGUGAUGAAGUGACUUGUAUGCAGCUCCGCACCUGUGGACUGGAGGAGAACCGUACAGGUGAUUUGUGCACAGACCAGUCGCUCCUCCACUCGAAAAGAGAUUUCAUUGCUAUGGAUUGUAGAAUUAUCAUUUAUUAUUUUAUAUUUAAAUCUUCUUGCACACACCACAUGGGCCAAAGUUUGUGAUAUGUUGUUUUUUUUGUCUCAUUGUAAUUAGAAUACAUGAUGAUAUCAUUUUACGCACAGUAGUCAUCUUUUACUUUAUUGUGGUAAUAUGAAACAGUUCAUAUGUGUCUGGUUUAAAGUGAAGUGUUUGUUGUUCAUUAGCUGUGUGGGAACGGCAUGUUGAACAAGAAAUUGUCCAUAGCCUUUUUUAAAUUUAAAACUACUGGGCCACCGUUACUGGCAAUAUGGGUUUUUAAAGAUGCACUCGGAUUAGGAUUUGAUUUGCGUUCACCUUCCCAGAAUAUUUUGAACACACUGAAUAAAGAAAAACAUUUAAAGAUUC